GUUCCCCCCUGCGCAAGAGGUCCAAGCUGUUCAACGAAAGACCCUGAAAGAGGUAGGAGGGAAGGCCGCCGGUGCAGGUGGCGGCGCUGGAGCUGCAAGUGGCGUCAACAUUGCAGGUGGACAUGCAGCUCACCGUGGGAUGGCGGCUGGUCCAGUAGCAGAGAAAGAGUCCAGGGACAAAGUGGCUGAAGCCAGUCAUGACAACACACCCCACAAUCGUCCAGUUGUGAGCUCAUCCACACAACUUCCCUCGAUCUCAGCGGCUUCGAAGAGAAAAGAGCAUGUAGUCCAGGAAGAGAAGGAGAAUGAUGCUGGUGGGGGGAUGGGAGGAGCUGCAGCAGGACCCAAUGUGGAUGAGGGAGCGUCAACUGUAUUACCCUCUAUGGUGCAUCCAGUGAGCAGGGGCCCUUCUGACACUGUAAAUAAUGUUCGAGAACCAGACAGCAACGAUGCUGCUGGUGGCGGCGUUGCCCAAGCAUCUGGGUCCCUGCCACCGAUCAAGGGAAGCCACAAUCUGGCAGCUCUGUCACCAAAACCCAGCCAUGCCGUAGCAGCAGCAGCAGCAGCAAGGGCCAAGCAACAGCAGCAGCCAGCCGCUCACAGUGGAUCGCAAUUUCCUCAACCAUUGCUGCCUAAGGUAAAUUACAAAAUUUCGAAGAAUGUACCUCUACACUUAAGCGAGAGUGAUGGGAGAGGGGAAGUUCCAUAAGCCACUUGUUUUGUGACUUUUGUCAGGGAAGAAAAUUUACGAUUCACUUUUUUCCAUCUAGUCGACGAAACAGACUCAAAAUCAGAUGAGCGCAGCCUAGCGGCCAACAAUGUGUGUGUCACCCGUUCUCAUACACCAAUCGAGUGAAGGGCCCAUCGAACUUCAUUCACAUUAUUUUCUUAGUGUCAAGACUCUCUUUUUUUUAACAAAAUCAUGUAAAAAUG